AUGGGGCGUUAUGGUGUUAUCCUGGACGCGGGCUCGUCAGGAACCCGAGUUCACAUUUAUAGGUGGCUCAACAGUGCCAAAGCAUUACAGAAUCCUGAUACUAUCACUCUACAAAGUUUACCAAAGCUAGAAACAAAUAAGAAAUGGACGAAAAAGAUCAAACCAGGUGUAUCUACAUUCGGCGAGAGGCCUACAGACGUUGGCCCAGAUCAUUUACAACAACUUCUCGACCAUGCUCUCGAUAUUGUCCCAAAAGACCAAGUUUCCGAUACACCUAUCUUUUUAAUGGCAACAGCUGGCAUGCGAUUACUGCCUCAAGUUCAACAAAAUGUACUUCUAUCGGAGAUUUGCGACUAUGCACAAAAAUAUACAAAGUUCGACUUGCCAGAUUGUGAUUUACACAUUCAGGUAAUCCCCGGUGAAACAGAAGGACUUUAUGGAUGGAUUGCCGCAAAUUAUCUACUUGGGGGCUUCGAUUCACCAGAAGAACAUUCCCAUGGCAAGGGACAUCAUACAUAUGGGUUUCUAGAUAUGGGUGGAGCGUCGGCGCAAAUUGCUUUCGCUCCUAACGCUACCGAGGCCGAAAAACAUGCUGAUGACCUCAAGUUAUUACGAAUGCGAACUUUGAAUGGACAACCUGCAGAAUACAAGGUGUUUACUACAACGUGGUUAGGAUUUGGCGUUAAUCAAGCUAGACAGCGCUUCGUGGAAAGUUUGAUGGAUGCUUCCUACACUAAGGAUACCAAGGAAUUGCUCGACCCAUGUCUCCCAGCUGGUCUUAAAACAACUCUAAACGGCGAUCUCGUUAGUGAUUCAAAGAAAACAGGAACAGACCCGAUAUUGCUAGGUACUGGACGAUUCGAUCAAUGUCUAGCAGCGACCUAUCCCUUAUUAGAUAAAGAUGCUCCCUGCGCCGAUCAACCUUGCUUGCUCCAUGGGCAGCAUGUUCCCGCUAUUGAUUUCGAUGUUAAUCAUUUUGUUGGAGUUUCGGAGUACUGGCAUACAACACAUGAGGUAUUUGAGAUGGCCCACAAAGAUAAAGCGUAUGAUUUUACAAAAUAUCAAGCUUUGGUCAAGGACUUCUGUAGUGAGGAAUGGGAUGAUAUAGAGAUAGAAGUCAAGAAUAAGAAAUGGGGCAAGAAGGUAGAUGCCAAGACAGCGCAAGAAGUGUGCUUCAAAGCGUCAUGGUUGAUCAACGUUCUCCACGAUGGAAUCGGCGUUCCCAGAGUAGGAUUGGAGAAACCAGGACCAGGACCAGAUUACAAUGCAACAAAGGAAAUGAAGAUCCACUCGAAAGACAGGGGUUUCUUGGAUCCAUUUCAAGCAGUCAACAAAAUUGAAGGAGUAGAAGUCAGUUGGACAUUAGGGAAAAUGAUAUUAUAUGCAUCUGGCCAAGUCCCUCCCGCAAGUGAGGACGCUCUUCCAGUCGGAUUUGGUAGCAACACUUUGGGAGUUCCCACCGACUUUCAACUGGCUGGAUCAAAUGCGAACCCCGUACCCCACGAUGAUGACGAUUGGUCCGACGCAGCAGAUGAUCUUAUUGAAAAGGCACAUUCUCAAUCGACUCCUGGGUUUCUCUUGAUUCUACUUCUUCUAGCAUUUCUCGCUUACAUAUUUCGCAAAAGAGAUAGAAGACUUCGGUUAUAUAGGGGUGUUAAUACUGUUUUACGACGAAAUCGUCGGCCAGGCAGUCCGAAGAAAGGUACUCGUAGUUUCUUCGGCACAGGAAAAUUCUUUGGAUCUCGAGGUUCCACGAGCUAUGAGCGUGUUCUAGAAGAUGGUGAAGCCGCUGCCGAGUUUGAAUUGGGUGACAUUGAUUCGUCCGAGGAAAAUGAUAACUCGGACGGAAGCGAAGGAUCUCGAGUAGGACGAUCUUCUGGACUUGCAACGCCCAAGUUGAACGUGGUCAAUUUCGAGACAGCGAAUUACUUCGACAACAAUUCUCAAAAUGGUCAAGCUAUUGGUCUUGGUUUGGGUAGUGGAUUGCCAAAUGCAUGGAACAGGAGUGGCCUUGUUGUCAGGACAGAAAGUCGAGAAAGAUUAGCUCCAACUUUACACUCCCUGGGAGCUGGAAGAAGAAGCAGGACGGGUAGUCCAACGAGAAAAAGUCCUUUAAUGACACCCUUUGAAGAGUCAUGA